AAUUAGUGUAGUUGCCCCGUCGUACUUAGUACGGGGUCAUUCUUGUUUUUGGAUUUCAUGCAGAAGGACACGUAUCCGAUUUCAUCAUUAUACACAUUUCUUUUUACGCCCUCUCCGCUAGUUAUUUCUCUCCCACCACACGCAGAAACGGUAUUUACUAUUUAGUUUUUGAGAUCUUCCUCCACUUUCCGAUCAUUUCCUCUCAAACUUCCGGCAAAUUUAGCCAAUAAAUCAGCAGAGAAAAGAAAAUUUCAUCUGUAUACUUCUACGGGACAGAACAGGGUAGGCAUCUUGGAUACACAGGGGGGAAAGAGGAAUGGUAAAGCUUGCGUCGGCACGAGAGAACCGAUUAUAUGGUCCACGGCUGGGUCGAAACAGAUUAGAGUUUAUAAAUGCAGGGUUAUAUGUUUUUGCAUCGUUACUCCUGGUUGGUGGAUUCUUGUCUCAGUUUUCCAGGGAUGCUAAGUCGGGUCUCGUCAUCCUCCUCAUAGCAUUAGCACUUAUAUCCCUGGUCAAUGUUCACGAUCUCCUUGCACAUCUGGCCGGAAUCGAUUACCAAUUGGGGCUGAUGGGGUUCGAUAGGCAGCUUGCGCUCGUCGAGUUUGCAGUUCCGAUCGUGCAGGUUUUAGGUUCCGUGCUUAAUUUCUUACCCAUUCUCUUUUUCUUAAUUCAGGCGGAGAAAGGGCGUUAUUAUUAUUUUAGACUGGAGAAGUAUGCAUUGAACAUGCUUAUUGUGGGCUCAGUUCUAUGGCUUAUUGGUUCAAUAAACAACUCAUGCCAGAUUUAUGAGAGAGCUGAUGGUCAUGUUCAAAUUUUGCAACAAAGCGUUUAUCUCCCAUUCCUGAUGGGAAGCCUCUUAUUCUUGGUUGGCGCAAUUCUCAACUGUCAUGAGCAAAGUGGGAUGAUCCACCAUGGCUUGAUGCUCCUGGGGAAGAGUUGGGUUUGGCUGGGAAUCUUUGGAAGUUUGCUCUUCCUAAUAGGGGGAUUGGUUAACUUGGCAAAGGUGUUCAAGAUGCAACAAGUGGGUGGAGUGAGGCUUGAAAAACUGCGAGGUGGAGCACAAGAGCAACUCAAUCGAGAGAGGGAAGGUGAAGUGCCUCUCAUAUUAGAAGAGCAGACAAGGAGGAAGCAGAAUGAGGCAAAGCCAAUUGUUUUUCCCACUCCUUACAAAGAUGCUCUACUUGGUCGCUCCUAAAGCGGAAAAUCAGUGUAGAAUUUCUUCUAAUUUGUUGGAUUUGAUUUCGCUAUGCAAGUAUCUAAUCUAACCUAAUCUACUUAAAUUUGUAAUCUGUUUGCAUUUGAAAUUUGUAAUCUAGCAUUAACUAUACUAUUCUACUGUAAGUUUUGAACUCGGCAGUUGUUUGGAUAAUCUGCUAUGGAGGAUCACCAGGGGGUUAACUUUUU